UCCUCUGUGUAUGCGUCUUUCUGUGUGUCAUCAUCAUUUCUCUGGAUUCCCACCUACAGUUUCAGGAGAACUGCACUCACUCAUCGUCCAUCCCUGUGUGGAGAGGAGUCGGGUUUUUCAUCCUCAAACUCAACAGGAUCGACAGCAGGCCUCCACAUUCAGAAACCCAGAGCAGAGACAAACAUUGAUCAGGAUCAGACAAUGAGGAGUGGAGUGGGCCUGUGUGUGCUGGCCCUGCUGUGCCUCCACAGCUCCGUCUUAGGGCAGGAGGCAGUGGAGUCGGGGCCUGUCGUCCCGAUGUUCUGUGACAACCCAGUUGCAGAGAAGGCCGCCAGCAACGCUGUGCAUAAGUUCAAUGAGAAGUUGAGCACUGGAUAUAAGCUGGCCCUCUUUCAGAUACAUAAAUCCAUCAAGAAGGAAAACAGCUCGGGCUCGGUGUACGAACUGCAGUUCACCAGCAGGAGGAGUGACUGUCUAGCUGGGAGCGACAAACCCUGGACUGACUGUGACUAUCUGCCCUAUGGACGCAAGAAGCCGCUUUUAUGCAAUGCCACAGUCUUCAUGACAGAGACAGAAACACACACUGAAACAGUGGAUUGUCUGCUCGACGACUACGUUGUCUCAGAGAAAGCUGACUGUUUGGGCUGCCCUGUGGAGAUUGACGAGAACUCAGAGGACCUGAAUGUUCCUCUCUCUGUCUCCAUCUCCAAGUAUAACUCCAUCUCCGACUCCACUCACCUGUUCACCCUGCACACUAUUGGCCAUGCCACCAGACAGGUGGUCGCAGGUUUCAGGUUCAAGGUGAGAUUCGAUAUGAGGAGAACCACCUGCGCCAAGGAUGAACACAAAGACCUGAACGAGCUGUGUGUCCCUGAUGAAAAGAAUGUGGAGUAUUCAAACUGCAACUCUACAGUAGAUGUAGCCCCAUGGAGACUUGAGCCCCCCCAGGCCCAGAUGCAGUGUGAACCGGGUCAACUGCCUCCCACGGUGUUCACCAGGCGUCGUCCUCCCGGCUGGUCUCCACUCAGGAACUUUCUGUUAAACGUCCGCCCCUCCGCUCCAGCUGCACCUCCACCUCAACCUACAGGUGCUUCCUCACAAUCCCCCUCCCAGGCCGCAGCUAAAGAAGAAUCGUCUGAGGAGGACGCCACAGGUACCAAACCGUCCGCUUCACCUGCAGAAGCUGCGAAGGCUCACCCUCUCCACUGCCCGUCCAAGCCCUGGAAACCUUUCAACCCGGUCGCUCCUGGUGCGCCUGGAGCUCCUACGGAGGCUACUGUAGAGGUGGGCGCCACCCCGUCAACAGACGGGGUCUUAAGUGAUACAGACCUGCUGGGAUAAAGUUCUCCUCAUUUAUAUUCAAAAUAAUGUCCACACUUUCCAAACAGAUUGUGGUUUGGUUUUGUAGGCCAGUCUUCUAGUUGCAUUGCAAGGAUUAUUAUUAUUUUUUUUUUUGGAGAGCGCCUCUUCAGGGGUGUUAUGCAGAUCUUAAAACUAAAAGCAAGAGGGUUGCGUUAAUAAAACAAUAAAACAGCCAGUUUACGUGAAAAAAGAGAAAGCAACCAGUUUUUUUUUCCGACUCCCAAGUAAGCACUGGAAAAGUAAGGACUGAAACGAUGAUGGUCUACACUGAGGAGGAAAACAGGCAUCAGUUUGGUAUCAUUUCUUAACUGACUAAAUCAAAGCAAUGAGUGAUUAAGUGCCCUCGCUGUCCAUUUAUUAGAGAUGUGAGAAAAUAGAAGAAAAAUAAAACUUAGUCGUUUGUGCUGGUUCUA